UAAACCAGCAAAGAUGAGUUGAUGUGAUUACAUUCAUUUAUGAUCUUUUAUAGUGAAGAUAUAGAUGGAUCCAUAUGAGUUGGAUCCAUAUAAGUCAGCUUGUAGCCUCAGAUUCUCAGGUUGAGGCCCUUCAGGUACUACAAAGUUGAGGUUUAAAUCCACCUUUUGUACUCUAUGUCCCUUUGUUCAAAUGCAUGUGUGUUUUAUUUUGUGUAAAUACUUUGAGAGCAAAGACAACACCAGAGUCUAACUCCUUCUAUGUGUUAGCAUACUUCGGCAAUAAAGUUGAUUCUGAUUCUGAUUCAAAUCUCUGCUUUGGAUGAACCUGCUUGAGGAGAUAAGACUUGAAGGAACUUCUUUAAAAUCAGUUUUUAUCAACUUGCUUACAUGUGAUAUUUUCAUUGCUUAAUAAAGUUUUUAAAUUAUUUUUCUCGUUUUAUUCAUAUUUAUUAAUAUUGACAAUAAAUUAAUAAAUGGCUAAGCAGCCCGCUUUAGCUUUGUCUGUCGAAUCACUUUGUUAAAACCCCGUUUUUAAAAGUUGUCUAAUAAAUACAGUGAUUAUAAUUGUUUAUGCUUUCAGGGUGCAGCUUUGUUGUGGUUCGUGCUGGUGUUCAGAUUUCGUGCAGCCCCUGAACGCGUCGUGUCGUAGGUGUGGUGCUGGUGUUGCAUCACGCGGAAGAAACAAUCCACGCACGACGACAUCCGUGAACCGCGAGAAUACGGUGGCGGAUAGAACACAUGUGUCUGUUUUUAUUUAUUUAGUGGAGUUUAUCAACGUUAAACGGGCGCGUUUCAUGUUAAAGCUAAUGUGAAUAAAUGAAAUAUGGAGGAUUAGCUUCUCGCGCGACAUGAUCCACAGCAGAGUAACGGUUGAAGUCGCCGCCGCACGUGCUCGUUAUCAGUGAGCGACGGAUAAACGAUUGUCUCCGGUGUGUUCAUCGAUUUAUUUCUUCUACCUCCACGUUUACGUCGUCUACCGGCACACAGAUGGAGAAGCAGCCUUUGCCCACCGAUGAUGAGAAAACAGACGCCGGAGAGUCAGAGGUUAAUGGCUACGCUGGUGAAGAGAGCCAGCAGGGAUCGUCGUCCACGCGAGCAGGAUGGAACAGUAAAAUAGAGUAUUUUCUGGCUCAGGUGGGAUUCAGUGUCGGGCUCGGCAACGUCUGGAGGUUUCCAUAUCUAUGCCACCAGAAUGGAGGAGGAGCUUUUCUCCUGCUGUAUGUGCUGCUGAUGCUGCUUGUGGGCAUUCCCUUGUUCUUCCUGGAGCUGGCGGCAGGUCAAGCCAUCCGACAGGGCAGCAUCGGAGUCUGGAAGUACAUCUCCCCGAGGCUCGCAGGCAUUGGCUACUCCAGCUGUGUGGUUUGUUUCUUUGUGGCCCUCUACUACAAUGUGAUCCUUGCAUGGAGUCUUUUCUACCUUGGGAAUUCGUUCCAGCACCCUUUACCUUGGGAACAGUGUCCAGAACAUGGGAAUGUAACAGUGAAAGAAUGUGAAAAGAGCUCCCCCACAUCGUAUUUCUGGUACCGUAAAGCUUUGGAUAUCACAGACUCAAUUGAUGAAACGGGUUCUUUCAACAUUUACAUCGUCUGCUGUCUGCUGGCAGCCUGGACUGUUGUGUGUCUGGGAAUGUUCAAGGGCAUCAAGUCCUCUGUCAAGGUGAUGUAUUUCUCCUCCAUCUUCCCUUACGUGGUGCUGUUCUGCUUUCUUGUCCGUGGACUAAUGCUGGAUGGAGCCUUAGAGGGAAUAUCCCACAUGUUCUACCCCAAGCUGGAAAUCUGGGCAGAUGUGCAGGUGUGGCGGCAGGCAGCCACACAGGUUUUCUUUGCCUUGGGUCUCGGUUUUGGCUCCAUAAUCGCCUACUCCUCCUACAAUCCCAAGAACAACAACUGUCACCGUGAUGCCUUCACUGUCUCCUUUAUUAACUUUCUCACAUCUGUGCUGGCCACUCUGGUGGUGUUUGCAGUGCUCGGCUUCCGUGCCAAAAACAAGGUCAUCGAAUGUGUAGUCAGUAACUUAAAGGAGCUAUCAGAGCAGUUUCACAGCGUUUAUGUGGACCAAAGGCUGAUGCCAGCAUUCAAUUACUCUGAUCCCAAGUCUGUUGCUCUGGAGGACUACAGGUCCUGGUUUAAACAAUACGGACGUUUCGUCCCUGGCAAUUUAACAGACUGUGACCUGGAAAAAGAGAUGCAGAAGGGCGUUGAGGGCACAGGUCUAGCUUUUAUUGCCUUCACAGAGGCCAUGUCACUCCUGCCUGGCAGCCCCUUCUGGUCCGCUCUCUUCUUCCUCAUGCUGCUCAACUUGGGACUCAGCACCAUGUUUGGCACGAUGGAGGGCAUCCUCGCCCCCCUCAGUGACCGCUUCAAAACCCUGGCAAACAACAAGACCAAACUCACAAUUUUCAGCUGCAUCGUUGGCUUUGUGAUUGGCCUGCUCUUCACCCAACGCUGCGGGAACUACUUUGUGACGAUGUUCGAUGAUUACUCCGCCACUCUUCCCCUCAUCAUUGUCGUAGUGUUUGAGACCUUCAGUGUGUCUUGGCUAUAUGGAGCCGAUAGAUUCCUUGAUGACAUCGAGGCGAUGCUGGGAUGGCGUCCAUCUGUUGUUUACAAGUACCUGUGGAAAUACAUUUGCCUACUUGCCAUGCUGGGGCUGCUGUUGGCCACCACUAUCCGCAUGUUCAUCGCACGCCCCACUUACAUGGCAUGGAAUCAGGAGAAGGCUUCUGAGGAGUACCUGGAGUAUCCUGGUUGGGCUCUGGCUGUUUUGGCUUCAUUGAUCGUAUUUGCCAUGAUGCCGGUCCCAGUGGCCCUGAUCCACGCUCUUCUGCAGGACAGAAGAAAUCCAAGAUCCAGAGACACAGAGAUUGGUCAGUACAGCAUCGUUAGCACUGUCGACACUCCUAUGACUGACAUGUCAGAACUGGACCAUAAGAACGGGGUCGCUACUUCUGUUUCCUAAACUUUGGACUUGCAUCGAGGAAAGGACCUGAAGUAUGCACUAGAAAUGUAUAUGGGCCAUUUUUAAGGACCAUUCUGUUAUCUCACAGCUUUUAGUGCACAUGCCACCAAAAAAAAACCCCAAUAAUUUUAAUAUUUAAAACUUUUUUCCACUAUUUUUGUAACUUUAGUUAAGUCCAAGCAUAUCCAGAGGAUAUGAUUUUCUAAUGAUGUUCCAGCAAGUAAAACUUUUAAAAAGUAUGUAAUAUGGAAAAUAUGGAACAAAUAAUUUAUUUCUGUUUGAUGCCUACAAUGUGGAAUAUCAACAACAUGACUGAUUCAUUCAUUCAAAUGAGCAAAAACAAUGUUUCAGUAGAAGACAUGAUGUCAUGUUCCUGCAGUUUGGUUGUUUUGGAUCAAUAUUUCAAAUAUUAAGUUAUCUGUAUUAUAAUGUUUUUUCAAUUUAAAAAACACAUAAUUGCAUGUAAGUUGUACUUAAUUUCAACAAUCCACACCUGCUACUGAAAAUAUUCCAACAACCUUUCACUAUUCAUUUGAGGACAGUUACAGCUCAUCGCUGCCAAAAACCUCUUCUCUUCAAUUUAAAGCUCUUCCAUGUUUAUAUUUUUGUUUUCCUCGUCAACUGGCUGUCACAUGACUUCUUCCAGUACAGUAAAAGUUUAUUAAGACUGUUACACCAGGAACUUUAAUGGAUAAUUACAUCUUGCUCGGUUGAAAAGAAUUUCUGAGGACAGAAUUUUUUUUUCUUCCUUGAAUUUUUCUUUUAGCAGUUGGCAAACAAUUGGUUUUGUUUUUGUCCUCUUCUACUCUGUUACAGCCACGAGGAACUUAGCCUGUACUGCCACUUUCUAGCACCUCUACACGGCCUAGUUAAUUUGCUCCAAAGCAGUUCAUGUAAAAAAAACUCAUUUUCUGCUUUUAUGUUUUUGCAAACUUUCAAAAUAUUGCGUUAAAUUUGCAUAUCAGGCAGUGACAACACCAACUAGAAGUAAAACUCCUGGAAGUGUUGACAAUGUUUGUGUAGUUACUCUCACUGCCAGAAGGGGGAGACAAAAGUUCCGCACUUGAGGUUUAAGUACAACUGUAAGGUUGUAUUAAAGGUCCAGUGUGGAGGAUUUAUUGUGCAAGCAACUCAGUCACUCUCUCUUUCCAAGUGUCUGGGAGAACUUACAGCUUCUGCCACUUCAGUGUAAAAAUGUCAGGUAAUUUUUACACUAAUAUGAAAGUUAUUAUGAAUACUAUGUCGCAUUUCUGCUGACGGAUUCCCCAAAAUCCUCCACACUGGAUCUUAAAUGCAACUUCUUACACAAAAGCUAUCUAACCGCGUUUACUGUAAAAAACAUGAAUGAGUCCAGAGCCACUGUUUUACUUUUAUAUUUAUUCAUACAGUAAGCAGUUGUAGCUGCACAAAAUAUGCAUGUUAACAUUCUCUUUUCAAACCAACAGCUGAUACAUACUGUCUGGAGUGUUUGUGAGGGAAAAAUAAACCAGCAUUGAAGUGUUAUGGAGCGUACAUGUACAAGGACUCUGAGCUGUUUUUAGUUGUGACAGCAUGGUAAAAAUAUCAAGGUAAACUCCUGUUAGCAAUGUAAAUAUGUAUAUAAUGUAAAAACUCUUCAAGAACAGUAAUGAAACCUCUGUGGGAUGUCGGUUCCGCCUUGUUUAGUUUUUCGUGAAUCGGAAAUGUGCAUGAAGCAUUGAUUGUAUGUUUUUGUAAAGCUCGUAUGGAAAGUAAAGUAGUUUUGUGUGUGUUUUUAAACAGGCUACACAAAUCCACACAAAGUACUUCUUCACUUCAGAUUUACAUGCAGUAUACGAUUGUAAGUAUUUUUUAGACUUGAUUGCAGGUUACAAAUGUGUCAUAGUUUGUUUUCUGUAGUUUGUUUUUAGUUUUUCUGUUAUUUGAGCGGGUUACUAUCAAAAUCACUUGAGUUUAUGAACUUGAAUGCUGUUGAAUUCUGGGUGCCUUUGACUUUAACAGGGCUGAAUGAACAAAAUGUUGAAUAAAUUCCAGCAUAUGUAUAAUUUUAAAGAACAUUUCUUUUGCCAGAUCAAUAGUGUGUUGAUUAUAAAUGUGUAAUAUAAAUUUUUAAGGAAGUGUAAUAUGCCACCGCUCUGUCAAGUGUUUCUAUUCUUUUAUUAAAAAACUUUUAGCACUCUG